UUUUGCUUUUCCGAUCAGACGUGGCAUCCUUAUUUAUGUUCGUUGUCAAUUGAAGAUUGUGUCUAUUUCCUGGCAGCGUCGAUCUACGUUCUGGCGCGUCGCUGUUGAAGGAGGUUUCGAAGCCCAUCACUGCCCCGUCCGCGUCGCCCCUUCACUCGCAGCUUUUACCUUGUAUAUUUUUUCUUUUCGCCACACAUCUUCUUCGCCAUGAGUCCAUCGCUGCAAUUAAAAACUCACUCUCAGAGGGAUGAGAAACUUCCCUCAUGCUCCUCCAAGACUCUUGUCGCAGCUCCGCCCGUGGAAUCUCCCAAGUCUCCGGAAGACUAUGACCCCUGUGCCAAUGCAAAGCCAUACUCCCCCUUUUAUCGACAUGCGACGACCUCGUUCGCCUUGGAACAGUCAAAAUCUCAAACGAAGAAACCGAACUGCACUGUGGAUGCAAUGAAUGACUUGGAAAGUGCACCGUCGCAAACACCUUACAAGCCAUCAAUGGACGUACCGGGCUGCCGCUCCUCGAAGCUGUGGACAAAGAAGCGGAAACGUUGCGGUUGCAUGCAGUCCUUGACGAGGAAGCAGAGGAUGAUAGUCAAGGCCGCCAUCGCCAUUGUCACGCUGGGGAGCAUGGUGGCUAUUGCCUUGGGAAUCACCGUCGCUGUGGGCGGCGGAGUGUGGAAAUCCGAUCACCAACAAGGGGCUAUCCCUGUAUAAGAUUUCCACAGGUAAAGCAUUAGAAUAGUACACCGUGCUAGUCGUCUACUUGUGCGGACUCGAGCUCUGUCCUUUGAUGCCGACUACGCUGGACGUCAAGCGCGCAUCUGCUCGAGUCCACUAAUCCACAAAGUCACAUCGGGUUGACCAGUGCAGACCCCUUUAUUAUCUCCAGGAAACCCCCGGUCGGAAGCUGCAGCAGGCUGUCCAGGGAACGCCAAAGGGAGUGCC